AUGCCUAAAUUCGGACAAGCCAUGGCGGUCUCCAUUGGAGCUUUAGCUGGGGGUGCGGCUGGGUUCUACUUUCUGGAGAUGUACAAGAUCAAAUCCAAGGAACAACGAUUAGCCCUGCUUUUAGAAAAGAAGCAAGAACUGGAAAGAAAAGAAGAGCCAUUAUAG